GUUGGCGUUCACUUCGUGUGCGUGAUGACGUCAGCACUCAAGGCCCCGCCCAGAGAGGUCGUACGCGUUGUUCUGUCAACGUCGCGUUUUUCUACACUUGGAUUUAAACAACAAGAGUUCAGAGAUGGCGGGCCGGAACAUGCACGCGGCGAAGUGCCCCACAGACGAGCUGUCCCUGAGUAACUGCGCUGUCAUCAGCGAUAAGGAACAACAGUUUGAACAGCACGUCUCGGUCCGCAACGUCACCCACAAGUACGUCUUCACCCUGAAGACCCACCCCAGCGUCGCUGUGGGAACCAUCGCCUUCAGCCUCCCCCAGAGAAAAUGGGCGGGACUAUCUAUCGGACAAGACGUUGAGGUGACCAGCUAUAAGUUCGAUAAGAGCCGUCAGUAUGUGGGCUCGAUCCUGCUGGAGGUGGACUUCCUGCAGAAGAAGAACGUGGACAGCAGCCCCUACGACUCGGACAAGAUGGCCGCCGAGUUCCUCCAGAGCUUCAGCAACCAGGCCUUCAGCGCCGGCCAGCAGCUGGCGUUCAGUUUCAGCGACAAGCUGUUUGCCUUGGUGGUGAAGAACAUGGAGGCCAUGGACCCCAGCAUCCUGAAGGGGGAGGGAAACUCCGGCAAGAAGCAGAAGAUCGAUAUCGGUUUGUUGAAUGGCAACAGUCAGGUGAUCUUUGAGAAGGCUGAAACCUCGUCCGUAACGCUCAUAGGGAAGGCCAAGACGCGGGAAUCCCGCCAGUCCAUCAUCAAUCCCGACUGGAACUUUGAGCGGAUGGGCAUCGGCGGUCUGGACAAGGAGUUCUCCGACAUCUUCAGGCGGGCCUUCGCCUCGCGCGUCUUUCCCCCCGACAUCGUGGAGCAGAUGGGCUGUAAGCACGUGAAGGGCAUCCUGCUCUUCGGCCCCCCGGGCUGCGGUAAGACCCUGAUGGCGCGACAGAUCGGCAACAUGCUGAACGCCCGCGAGCCCAAGAUCGUGAACGGGCCCGAGGUCCUCAACAAGUACGUGGGCGAGUCGGAGGCCAACAUCAGGAAGCUGUUCGCCGACGCAGAGGAGGAGCAGAAGAGGCUGGGCGCCAACAGCGGCCUGCACAUCAUCAUCUUCGACGAGAUCGACGCCAUCUGCAAGCAGCGCGGCAGCAUGGCGGGCAGCACGGGCGUCCACGACACGGUGGUCAACCAGCUGCUGUCCAAGAUCGACGGCGUGGAGCAGCUCAACAACAUCCUGGUCAUCGGGAUGACCAACAGGCCGGACCUGAUUGACGAGGCUCUCUUGAGGCCGGGCCGACUGGAGGUGAAGAUGGAGAUUGGCCUGCCUGACGAGCGUGGGCGUGUCCAGAUCCUCAACAUCCACACGGCGAAGAUGCGUGAGUUCAAGCUGCUGGCGUCGGACGUGGACGUGAAGGAGCUGGCGGCCGAGACCAAGAACUACAGCGGGGCGGAGCUGGAGGGGCUGGUCCGGGCCGCGCAGUCCAGCGCCAUGAACCGCCACAUCAAGGCCAGUGCCACGGUGGAGGUGGACAUGGAGAAGGCGGAGAAGCUGCUGGUCCACAGGAACGACUUCCUGGCCUCGCUGAACAACGACAUCAAACCUGCCUUCGGCAGCAACCAGGAGGACUACGCCAGCUACAUCAUGAACGGCAUCAUCCGCUGGGGCGACUCGGUGACCGAGGCCCUGAGCGACGGAGAGCUGCUGGUGCAGCAGACCAAGAACAGCGAGCGCACGCCCCUGGUGUCUGUGCUGCUGGAGGGUCCUCCCAGCAGCGGGAAGACGGCUCUGGCUGCCAAGAUCUCGGAGGACUCCCAGUUCCCCUUCAUCAAGAUCUGCUCCCCGGACAAGAUGAUCGGACACUCGGAGAUCGCCAAGUGCCAGGCCAUCAAAAAGAUAUUUGAAGAUGCCUACAAGUCGCAGCUGAGCUGCGUGGUGGUGGACGACAUCGAGCGCCUGCUAGACUACGUCCCCAUCGGACCCCGCUUCUCCAACCUGGUCCUGCAGGCUCUCCUGGUCCUCCUCAAGAAACCUCCGCCUAAGGGCCGUAAGCUGCUGAUCAUCGGGACCACGAGCCGCAAGGACGUCCUGCAGGAGAUGGAGAUGCUGGACGCCUUCAGCACCACCAUCCACAUCCCCAACAUCUCCAGUGGAGGGCAGCUGGUGGAGGCCCUGGAGCUGCUGGGUAGCUUCCAGGAGGAUGAGCGGGCCAGCAUAGCCAAGGUCGUGAAGGGCAAGCGUCUGUCCAUCGGCAUCAAGAAGCUGCUGAUGCUCAUUGAGAUGGCCGCGCAGAUGGAGCCUCGAUUCAGAGUUACUAAGUUCCUCAGUCUGCUCAGCGACCCAGGAAUAUCUCGUUCGGAUAUUAUGUUCUAGGCUAAACGUACAGGAGCCGUCACAUAGAGGAAGAUUCCCUCGACACGAAGAAAUCGGACGCCUCAGAAUCAGCGUUCCGAACGGAGGGGGAAAAGGAUCGUGAGGGGGAAAUGGGUUCCAUUUCUCGGACUCUUCCUCUGAUCCCGACCCCCUUGUUACACCCUGUCACACACCAGCAGCCCCCCCAGGACCGACGUGGCGGGGGGUCCAUGGAUCACCACUGUUUAUAUCUGUUGAUAUUCUGAUGAAUGAAGUCCACUUGAUGUGCAACCUCACAGGCUCCAUCUCACACUCCCUGGGUGCUUUACUUUUAAUGACAAAAGGAUGACUAUAAUUUAAAUAGUAACCAUGGUGAUAGUGAUAGCAUUUUCUUCAUUUGUGCCUUAAACCGAAACUGUUGGAAGAAAAAUCAUUCCAGGAUUAUUUUUUUUGAUCUUAAUCACGCUACUCAAUUUAUUAUUAUCUUCUUUAAAAUUGUGUUUCGACAUCUGUUAUUUUAAUAAAUAAACUAUUUCGAGAAAUUAAAGAGUUUGAUUCAAUUUCACAUUUGUUUUUUAAAGCUUCAGAAGGGAAAGCACAUAAUCUGAUAAUGUUUUGGGGUAUUUCUGUGAAGGUUCUCCUUGAUGGUUCAAUACCUGAAUCUACCGGAGGUGGUUAUGGUUCUUCUGCCUGUAGGGAGAUGGUAUCUUUAGAAUGAAAGGUCCUGAUUCAUGUCCCUCUUUAGUUUACCCUACUUUAAUCCUGGUUUAUACUCCUGGGUGAACCACGUUUGUAUUUUUCAUGAAUCCUCGGAAUCUUCUGCCUCUACUUUGCGCCUGAAUAAAUUCUGGAAUGAA